AUGCUACUUACAAGUAAAAGAGUGAAUACUGUGAAGUUUAGAAAGCUUCAAAAUGGCAAGAUUGUCAAGCAAGUCGAGGAAUAGUAUAUUCGUUCAGAUAUACCCUGUGGAAUCAAGAACUGUCCUUUCUGCGAUAUCAAUGAUAGUAAAAUAAAUAGAAUUUUAUUGAGAAUUUCUAGAUUGCAAUCUGGUACUAUAGCUGAAAUAGGUUCAAGGAGUUAUUUGAUUUCAUUGAGAACUGCCAAGCACUGUCAAAUGUAGUCCUCCCAGACUCUAUUCUAAAAUAUGUUAAUAGAAAGUAAACUUAAUCAAGAUAAUUUUUAUAUUAGAAACAUAUAAGCAUUUCAUGGUCUGAAGAAUUUGACUGAGUAGGAAUCCAGAUAAAUCUACUACUUCUACAAUGAGAAUUUUGCUGAAACAUUUGUGUAGGAGAGCCUUAUUUAGGGAAAAGGACUUGACUAGAAAAUAAAAACUAAAGUCUCCUAGGUAUACUAAUGGUACUGUGACCACUUAUCUGGCAUUACUGAGGGCCAUUAAAUCUUCCUUCUGACAGAAAACUUCAAGUCAAAACAGGAGUACAUUAAAAUGAUGAAAGGACAGAACUAGGAGGGUGUGAUUUCAAUGGAGGAUUUUAUCCUCAUGAAUCAAGAAGAAAACCCUGAACUAUUGAACUUUAUGGGGUUUGCAGACGAGCAUCAGUAGCUUGAGGACUUGGAGAUGGAAGAUAUUGAUGGAGUCGAAGCUCUUUAUGAGGAUCAUCUAUCAUUUGAGGACAUGAUUUAGGGAAUUAAGGAAGGAAAGUAUUUCCAAGGAAGGUUGAAUGUAUCUAGAGUUACUCUUGAUGAUGCUACAGUUUCCAUAGACUAUCUGAACUAGGAUUUAUUGAUAGUAGGCCUCUAAAAUUAAAACAGAGCACUUAAUGGCGACAUCGUGUGUCUAGAAAUCCUUCCAGAAUCAUUAUGGCUCAAGGAUUAUAAGUCAGGAUAGCCAAUGAACAUUCUGGAACAAGAAGCAGUCAAUUACAUGGAGAAUAAGAAUGCUGAUCUUGCAAAUGAUAAUGAUGAGGAUCUAAGAAGGGCAGAAGAGGAAACUAAAGCUAGAUAAAACAUUAUAGACAAGAUUAACAAUGAGAAGGUCAAGAGAGUCACAGCUAAGGUUAUGGGCGUACUCAAGAAAAUGAAUAAGACCUACGGAGGUUCAAUCAUCAAGCCUUAGGACUAAGCUCCUUAGACUAGAAAGAAGUUUGAGCAAUUCAUAAAGAACAAUAGAAUUGACAGAAAGGACAUUGAAAAGUAUAGAGUUUUUGUGCCUUACAAUAAUUAACUUCCAUAAGCACUUAUAAAGUCAGUAAAGCCAGAAGCACUUGAGAACAAAAGACUUAUUGUUAGAUACAACAAAUGGUCAAUGUAUGCACCUUUCCCACAGGGUUAGUUUGUCAAAUUGAUAGGUGAAGAGGGCAAAAUAGCAACUGAGAGUGCUAUGAUCUUGCACGAAUUCAAUGUAGAUACUCGUCCAUUUUCUAACAAGGUGCUGUAAUGCCUGCCAAAGGACGGAGCUAAUUGGAAAAUACCCCAGGAAGAAAUUAACAAGCGUCUUGACAUCAGACAUUUAGUUGUUUGCAGUGUUGACCCAAUAGGUUGCAAGGAUAUCGAUGAUGCUCUUCAUUGCAGAGUACUUCCAAAUGGUAACUAUGAAGUAGGUGUUCAUAUAGCUGAUGUGACUCAUUUUGUCAGGCCUGGUUCAGAGAUAGAUAAGGAGGCUGCUAGAAGAUGUACUACAGUUUACAUGGUAGAGAGAAGGACAGAUAUGUUGCCAGGACUCUUAACUGAAAAUCUAUGUUCAAUCAGAGGAGGUGUUGAAAGACUCGUAUUCUCUGUAAUUUGGGAGAUUGAUAGUAAAACUAUUCUUCCAGUAAAAACUUCCUUCACUAAGUCAGUUAUUAAAUCAGCAGCAGCUCUUGACUAUUACACAGCUUAAGAUAUGAUUGACAAUCCCAGUGAUAAGAGUGAGCUUACUGAGGGCCUGAGGAGAUUGCUGAAAAUUGCUACUAUUUUAAGAGAUAGAAGAACUGAAAAAGGAGCUCUGACUUUAGCAUCUCCAGAAAUUAAAUUUAAGAUGGAUGUUGAUAGAGAGAACCCAACAGAUGUAUCUGAGUAUUAGCAUGUGAGCACUCAUUACAUGAUUGAAGAGUUCAUGCUUUUAGCCAAUAUUGCCGUAGCUGAAAAGAUAGUUUGGCAUUAUCCAUCAUUUGCUAUUCUGAGAAGACAUCCUUAGCCUAAGUAAAAGGAGGUGUAAGAGUUUAUAGAGCAAAUGGCUAAACAAGGAUUUGAAAUGACUAUUGAUAGUUCAAAAAGUUUUGCUGAAAGUUUAGACAGAGCUAUUAGAUAGAAUGAUCAGUUUUUUAAUAAAAUAGUUAGGAUCAUGGCAACUAGGUGCAUGCAUUAAGCUGUUUAUUUCUGCUUAGCUGACUUCGAUAUUCAAGAGGUAUUCCAUUAUGGUCUCGCAGUCCCAGUAUACACACAUUUCACUUCACCAAUUAGAAGAUAUGCAGAUGUUUUAGUUCAUAGAUUGCUCGCUGCAGCUAUAGAUAUACAGUCCUUGACUAAUGAUAUGACUGAUAAAUUCAAGAUGGCCAGAUAGUGUGACUAAAUGAACCGUAAAAACAGAAUGGCAGCCCUUGCUAGUGGGGCCAGUGUCUAGUUCAACACCUAUCUCUACUUUAAAAAUCUAAGAGAAAAAUCCAAUGAGGAUGUCAUUGAAGAUGCUAUUGUAAUGAAGAUAACCAGAGCAGGUAUAUACGUAAUGAUUAAGAAAUACGGUAUCGAAGGUUUGCUGGCUGAAGAGGAAGAGAGUAAGUUUGUUAUUGAUAGUGAAAAAGAAGAGGCAAUCAUAAAUGGUCAAGUUUCUAUACAAGCAUUCAGCAACAUCAAAGUUAGAAUUGUUGCCUAGAGUAUUGAAUUCAGAAGAUAGAUAAAGCUGUUCUUUAAAGAAAAGGUAUCAGGAGACCCAGAUAAGCCAGGCCAAAAAAGAAAGAAUAUGGAAGAAUCGAAGUUUGAUGCUGAAGAUGAGGUGGAUCUAAAAGAUGCAUUAUCCAAGAAAAGCAAAAAGAAGAGACGCAACUGA